AUGGAGGUUCCGAGAAUUAACUUCACAUUUAGUGCAAUCGAUGUUUCAUACAAUGGUUUGAACGGAAGAAUUGAAGAGUUCUAUGUUAACAGAAAAACUGAUCAAGUAGUGUUUGCAGUGGAGUUUCGUAACGUCGUUUUUCAAACAAAUAACAGUUACAAUAUUUUCUACCGUCGUGCAAAGGAACCAGUUGUAACAAAUUCUUAUUAUAUUAUCAGAUUGAAUCCAGUCGUCCAGAAAGUGGCCCUAGCUUUAAUAUCGAAUCUGCCAGUCAACCUACGUGAGAUUGUCAUUAGCGAAGGGCCUUUCCUCAUGGCAAACUUUAUACAAUACACUUUGUGUGACUUUGGUAUCAAAGUUAUUUGA